AUGCAAAGAUUACAAAGAUUACUAGGCCAAACUGGUGGCCUUGGAGGUGCUCCUCCUCAAGAUGGUCCUGUUGUUGAUAAUAAAGAAACAGUUUAUAUAUCUUCAUUAGCCCUAUUGAAAAUGUUGAAACAUGGUAGAGCAGGUGUUCCAAUGGAAGUCAUGGGUCUUAUGUUGGGAGAAUUCGUUGAUGAUUACACAGUCCAUGUCAUUGAUGUCUUUGCCAUGCCUCAAUCAGGUACUGGUGUUUCUGUUGAAGCUGUUGAUGAUGUUUUCCAAACUAAAAUGAUGGAUAUGUUGAGACAAACUGGUCGUGAUCAAAUGGUUGUUGGUUGGUACCAUUCCCAUCCAGGUUUUGGUUGUUGGUUAUCCUCUGUUGAUAUAAAUACUCAACAAAGUUUUGAACAAUUGAAUCAAAGAGCUGUUGCUGUUGUUAUUGAUCCUAUACAAUCCGUUAAAGGUAAAGUUGUUAUUGAUGCUUUUAGACUGAUCAAUUCAAGUACUGUGAUGUUGGGAUUAGAACCAAGACAAACAACUUCAAAUGUUGGUCAUUUAAAUAAACCUUCAAUUCAAGCUUUAAUCCAUGGGUUGAAUCGUCAUUAUUAUUCAUUAAAUAUUGAUUAUAAGAAAACUCCAUUAGAAACAAACAUGUUGCUAAAUUUACAUAAAAAGGAAUGGCAAUCAGGUUUAGUAUUGAAUGAUUAUAAUGAAAAAGAAAACAAAAAUUCACAACAAACAACACAAAUGGUGAAAAUCGCUGAACAAUAUGUCAAAAGAGUUGAAGAGGAGAAAACUUUAUCUGAAGAUCAAUUGAAAACUAGAUAUGUUGGUAAACAAGAUCCAAAGAAACAUUUAUUAGAAACCGCUGAAGGUUUGAUAGAAGAUAAUGUUGUUAGUGUCUUGACUGGGAGUGUUGAUUCUAUAGCCAUCAAAUGA